ACAAUUACCUACUCUUAAAAAGUUCUCUUUAACAUCCGUUGUUUGCUCGCGCCAUACAUAAAAAAAAUGGCGAUUUAGUUUGUUAUUAUUUACCGCAUCAGAAUUAUUUUUAUUAUACGCACCUCUGGGUAUAAGAAGAUCUUAACUCUAAUUUGAGGUGUUAAUUCUAUUUAAUUCUAUUUAAUGUACAAUUUUUCAAUUGUGCCAUGUAUACGGUCAGUACUAUUGCUCAAGAUUCUACAAACCUCUCUGUUUUGCCAAAGCGAGAACAAAUUUGCACAGCAAUAGAUAAAAACACUGGGGAAACUUGUGGCGAAACGGAAAGCUUACAGAUUCUUGAUGAGUUUCGUAAAUUAUAUGAAGCUCGUAUCGAAAAGGUCGAUUCAGAAUCGGCAAAUGAAUUCGACCGUGUAUCAAUGAAAAUGAAAAUAAUGACAGAAUGGAUUAAGGAUUUAGGUGAACAGAAUAUUAUGUUAGUUAAUACUGUACAAGACUUGGAACAAACUGCUAGUGACAGAGUUAAAAUAUUAGAAGAAAAAUUAAAACAGUCAUCUAAAGUUGUUUCAGAUAAAAUUUUAUUAUCGAAUCAUUCAGAGGAGAGGUUAAGUGUACUCUCAAAUCGUAUAAGAGAACUAGAAAAUGAUGAAAAGAGUCUUCGUCAAAAAAUAGAAUUUCUGUGGAUUGAUAUCAAAGGAUUAUUAGAAUUACUUAAGAGAGCUCAAACGGAUAAUCGCUGGAAUCUUGAUGGCAUAACAUUUUAUUAUAUUAAUCCAAGUGAUAUUCCUACUCCUCUGGAUGUAUGUGCCCAGGUAAAUACAAGUAUAAAUACAGAUGACACUAUAAAUUCAAAGCAGAUAUCAGAAAUGGAAGACAAGGAAACUCAUAUGUGUCAAAUUAAAUUCGAAGAAAAAAGUGCUGAACUUCAUAAAAAAUUAGCAAAGGAAGAAACUGUAAAAACAUAUGUUUCUGAUGUUCAGAGUUUUAGUAAUGAACUUGUACAAAAAUGUCAGGAAGCAAAUCAUUUCUGUUUUGGGUCGUCACCUCCCACGAAUUCUGAUAAUGAUAUUUACUCUUCACUAAAAGAUCAAAUUGAUGCUGAUGCUUAUCUAAUGGAUACAGAACCUUUAAAUAAUUCAACUAAUUCUUAUCAGAAAAUAUUUAUGUGUUUUUCCAAAACAAAUUUAUUAUUGCAAAAAGAGGAAGAAAAGCUUGAUGAUUUGAAAACAGAGCUAAAAAAAAUCGUACGACAUUUAAAACAGAAAAAUGUUGAGCCAUGUGAACAUAAUUUUACGACUGCUUAUAAAAACAUACAAAACAUUAAAACGAUCCUAAACAUUUCUAAAACUUCGACAGAUGAUAGAUCACAAACUGAAGAAAACGUACAACCUUUUGUAGUAAACAUUGAAGCUCAAUUAAAUUGCGUGUACGAUGCAUUGCAAAGUGAAAAGCUUAGGCAUGAUACAGAUAAAAGUAUGGAUACAUGGAUACAUGAUACAACAGAGAAGUUAAUAAAGAAUAUUGAAAAUAUUUCCAGAAUAUGUAAAGAAAAAAAAAAAGCAAUUGAGUUUAUGGAAUAUACUACCGCUAAACGAAAUGAGAUGCAAAAUAGAAUGAAUAAUUAUGUUACAGAAAUGUCAAAGGAUGUUACAUCAAAUCAAAUUACUGCACAACAAUUUAAAUUAAUGGAGGAAUUUCGUGUAUGUACUGUUGAAGCUCAAGCAGCAACAGAAGAUAUUCGUGAAGAAAUUAGCACUAUUCUUUCUUCAUUUGCUGCCCAACAUCAAAAAUACACUGAACUAAACAAAAUGGUCAAAGAUACUCAAGAACAUUUACUACGAUUGCGAGAAACAGUAAUACAAGCAAUUAAUACAUUAGAAUUACAAGAAAUAGAAAGGACAAGACAUAUUGAACGAAUUACAGCUGAAAAAGUGAAACUAAAAGAUAUAAAAAAUGAAUUUAUUCGUGCCCAAUCUGAAUUAUUUAAUUAUGUAAAUAAUAUGCAAGAAAAAAUCAAGGAUCAAAAUCUACCUGAAUGUGUAGAAACAUACACAUGUAAUGAUUUAUUAAACUUCGUAGUUGACAAAAUCGAGCUUGUAGUUAACCAUGUUCAAGUGCAUCAAAAUCAGGAAUGUUUUUUUGCAACCAAUUCAGUAGAGUUAAAAGAGCAACUUUGUUGUACAACAUGUUCUUUCCAAGAUUUGCAGAAACACAUGAGUACAAUUUUAAUGCGUAACGAAAUGGAUGAAACAAUUCUUUGUGAAAAAGAAGAAAGAUUAGGUAGACUUGAAGCAGAAAUUGAUAAUACACAUACAAAGAUGCAAGAUACUUUAGAAAUUUUCUGGAAUACAAUAGAACAGGAUGAUUUUAUUGACCAUUCAGCAGAUUUACAAAGCCAAAAUCAGACAAUCAAUGAAUUGUUAAAAGCAAAGGAAGAUAUACAUAAAUUAAGAAAGGAAUAUGAUGAUUAUAAACUUAAAACAUUACAGAAAAUAUGUCAAACAAAAUCUGAUGAUAAAAUAAAUCAAUGGAAGUGUCGUAUAAUAGACUUAGAAGAGCAGCUUCGCAUCUUACAACAUGAGACUAAAUGUAAACAAGAAGCCAACAACUUUCUAAAAAGUAGUAUUGAGUCUAUGGAGAAAGAAUUAUCUUCUGUACAAAUGAAAGCAGAAAAUUAUAGACGUUCCUAUUCUGUUGAUAGUAUAGAUUACCAAAAAAAAAUUUUAGAAUUAGAAAAUAUAAUCAAAGUACAAAAGGAAGUAGAAUCAAAACUUAGAAAAAGUUUAGAUAACAAUGAAAUAGAGCUUCAGAAAUCAAGGAAACAUUUGGAACCUUUUCAUAUAGAAUGUACUCCAGAAGAAUUAUCUAUAUGUUGUGGAUAUCAAUUGAAACAAGAGAAUACAUCCCAGCUUGUUAAUAUAUUACAAGAAGUAGUACAAUCUACAAAAAAUGGACUUCAAAAUGUCGAAUGCGAACUUAAACUGUUGAUGUGUGAAGGAUCUUCUCAGUCUUGUACUUCAACAACUUUGGUAAUGACAAUUAUUGAUAAAUUAAGAAAAUAUGAAGGACAAUUAGAAAAAUGUUAUGGAGACAUUGAAAAUCUUAGAAAUACAUUAUGUUCUAAAGAUAAACUUUUAGAAAAUAUGAACCAAGUAGUUAUGAUCCAAAAUGAUUCUAUAGCAGUCACGCAAAAUGAGCUGAAGAGUCUCUAUAAAAAACAGCAAGAAAAGAUUAACAUGCAGGAUUGUAUUAUAGCUCAAUGUGAGAAGGAAAAAAAAGAGUUAUCCAAACAGAAUGAACUUCAAGCACAAACAAUUGGACAUUUGCAAAAUGCUGUGGUUGAAGCCAAAAGAUGCUUAGAUAGUAUGGGACAUAAAGCACUUUUUGUUAAAGGUGAAACUAUUCAAUUGUUAACAAUGUUUAUUGACGAAACUCAGAAUCAAUAUAGCGACUGUUUUACAGAAGCUGCUGCACAAGAAAAAUUGUUGGAAUUGCAACGAGAUGCCAUAGACACUUUGCAAUCGAAAAUUGAGUACAUGAUUAAUGAUAAACAUUUAGUAGUUACUUCCUUACAUACUACAUAUUGUUCCAUAUUAAGCAUAAUACAGGAUCAACUGAAGCUUUGUACAAAUGAUUUUCAAGCAUUAAUAUACAAGAUAAAUACUUUAAUGCAAACAAAUAUUCUUUUGGGAAAUAAGUACAUUACUACAAAAAAAUUAUGGAAAGAAACAAAUCAAGAAUUGCAAGAAUUAAAAAAUAUGUCAUCCAAGGACAAAAAACAAACAAAAAUGUAUGAAACUAAAUCUUGUCAAUGUAAAAUGGACAUUGAGCAUAAGAGUUAUAUGACACAGAAUCUUACAUUAGAACAAACUUCAGAAGAUUCUUCAAUAUUAGAUAAGCAAGAACAUAUACAAGAUUCACUUCAAAAUUAUGAAUCACAAGCUCAGACUGAAAUUAUAAUUAGAGAAAAUCAAAAUUUAAAGAAACAACUACAAAAAUACAAAUCAGAUUUAGUUAUAUUUAAAAAUGAAUUGAAAAUAAAAGAUCAAGAAAUAAAAGAUCUUGAAUGUUGUUUAAAAUAUGAAAAUCAAAAUCUAAAGAUAAGUUUAGAGAAACAAACGAAAGAAUUUGAAGACUUAAUAAUAGAAUUAAAUAUUGCUAAACAAAAAGAGAUUAAUUUAAAAAAAUAUGUAAUUGAUUUGGAAGAAAAACAAGAGGAGAUACAAAAUCUAAAACAGCAAAUUGAUUGUAACAAAUCUGUAAUAAGAGAACAAGCUCAAACCAUAGACCAUUUACAAGGAAAAUUAUGUACAUCUGAACAACAAAUUAGACAAUACAUAUCUGAAUCUACAAAUUUUAAAGAAAGAUUUUUAUCAAUAAAAGUAUUACUCAAAGAGAAAUCAGAUAACAUGGCAAAAUUACAAGCAGAUUAUGAAGUAUUAAAAAAUGAAAAUACAAUUCUAAAAACAGAAAACAUUGCAUUAGAAACUAAAGCAAAAGAAGAUCAUUAUUUACUACGAAAGAAGUUAAAAGAAACUCAAACAGAAUUAUCUUUUAUAAAAGACAGUUAUUACAAAACAGCUGAAGAUUAUGAUAAAACUCAAGAAAACUUGAUCCAAUCUGUAAGACGAGAAGCGGAAUUACAAGAAUCAUUAACAAUUGCAGAGAAAGAAUAUUGCUCAAAGCUUACAAAUUUUGAAUCAAAAAUUGUUAGAUUGGAAAAUUUAAUAUGUGAACUUGAUGAAGAAUCAAAGGAUACUAAGAAAAAAUUAUCUUCAAAAAAUACUGAGCUUUGUCAAACACAAAAUAUGUGUAAAUCAUUUUCCGAUCAAUUGAAAACUGCACAGCAAGAUCUGUAUGAACUUCAAGAAAAAUAUCUAAAAAUGGACAAUUCCAACUGUUACUUAACCCAACAAUUACAAGAGUGUAUAGAUGAAAACUGUACUCUAUUGCAACAGAAAACUUCACUUGAACAAGAUAACUACAAGUUCGCGAAUCAAUUACAUAACAUGCACCAAUCUUUGAUGGAAUUGAAAAAAGAAUGUCAAUCAAAAGAUAAGUCUUUGGCAUGUGUAUCAGCAGAAUUAACUGAAACAGUAGUAAACAGGUCAGAACUUUGCAAUGAAUCCCAAUAUAUGGUCUCAUGUAUUCGUACAUUGAUGGCAGAACAAAGAAAGCUUGUUGAAACUCUUGUUUCGAAGUUACAAAUUAAACAACAGCAAUUAACAAUAUUUAAACAACAAUUUGGACAUGAAAAGAAAACUUUAUUAGUCAAAAUCAGAGAACUAAGAAGAGUGAACAAUAUAUUAGCACAAAGAUUAAAAAGACUACAUAGAACAACAAUUGGAAAAAAUACUAAAAGUGCUGGAUAUUCAUAUUUGACACAGAACUUAGGUAAAUCCUCGAUAUACCCGAUUAAAUCUGUACGUCGCACUUCAGUGUGCGGCAAUUCUUGGUGGUUUCCUAAGAUGGAAUAUAUAACAAAUCAAUUGAGAAAAAAUAAUCAAUGGUGGCAUACAAACAUAGCUAAUAAAUCAAAAAAUAAUAGUGGAGUAGAUGAAAAUCGAGAUUGUGGUUAUCAAUCAUCUGCAAGCAAAUGACAAUGUAUAAUAAAAUCUGUCAUAGCAUAGUCGAAUCAAAUCGAUGUAUGAUAGAAUAAUAAGAUAGAAUAAUAAUCAAUAUUGUUUACCACUGAAAUUUGUAAAGAAUUUAUGCAUUAAUGUUAUGAUUAAUAUACCCUGUUUUUUUAUAUAUCUUCGUAAUUGUAUAUUUUUAAUAAUAACUUAUAUUAAUCAUAUAAAAAGAAUUACUUUAUUUUUCUUAAUUAUCAAUGCAUUUAUAAAUAGUACAAAGAUAAUAAGUCAUGCUGCUAAAUAAGUGGUUACAUCAUUUAGACUCAUUUUAAGAUUGUGACGUGGUAAGCAAGCAAGUCGAAGUAAUGCAAGAUUUUCCAUAUACACUGUAUGAAAGACUUCAAAUAAUAAUUUGCAUUCGUCUAAAUUAAAUAUCUCAACGGACUUCGGUGGAUUCUAAAUAUAAAUGAUAAAUAUAGAAAUACAUUAAGAUAAAAUAAUUUACGUUUGGUUCUUUCAUAAAACCAAUUCAUAAUAACACCGUUUAAUAAUAUACAUACUAAUAUAUUUUAUUCUAAUACACACUCUUAUGAGUAAAAAUGACUAACCAAAAUGGUAUGUAAAAGUAAAGUAUCGCAAAAAAAAUUAUAUGUAUCUUCCAUUGUGUACCAUAUAUUGGAAAGAAAAUAGCGAUGCGUUAAAUAGAAUAAUCCUAUUGAUGCAAAAAUGCAUUUUAUACUGAAUAAAUUAUCUCUGAAAUAUAAACAAGCACAAAAAUAAUGUUAGUUGAAUUUAUAAAUACAUAAAUAUAAUUAUUAUAAAACUACUUAUGUAUUUAUUUACCUAGUAAUUUCAAAAAUUUC